GCUCAGAGCGCGAGAAUCCUCGCUGCGGUUGAGGAGGAUGCAACCCUGGGGUCUACCCGAGACACGACCUGCCUCUUUAGCACCACACCCGCAGGUUUGUGCCGAACCAUCUUCAGGCGAUUGCUCCGAGGCAGAGUUCGAAGAUGCCCUGAUCGAGUACGUGCCGCCAGGCCGUCCGGCGCAGCAAGACAGCGAAUGUCACCGGGCUUUGCCGCUCCACAGUCCUCGUGUCGAGCAGCCGGAGUCCUGCGACAGGAGCUGCCAGCUGCGUCACGACUUGGCGCUACGGAGCCCCUCCAGUGGAUCCGGAUCCUUCCUGGCGUUGCCCGGAGGUGCCAGCUGGCGGGUGGCCGCGCUUUGCGGCUCCAGUCCCGUCCUGAUCGGGGAUGAGUUUCACCCAGAGCAGGGUGACGUCGUAGCCUGCGUGGGCAACGUGAUGCUGCUGAAGCGAGGGCAGCAACUGCUGCUCUGCAGAUACCCUGCCUACUCCCAAAUGAUCCGGGUUCAAUACUUCUGCAAUCGCUUGAAAUCGCAGAGCGACUGCCCACAGUUGUCGUUUAUGGCGGACUGGCAAGUGCCACUCCGCCAGGAGGAAUCUUUCAUGGACUCCUUGGCAUCGUUCCUCGACUGCCGCCUGGCAGCUGCAGCGAGGAGUGUGAUGCACCCGGGCGUCAUGUACUCCUCCUCCGGACUGCAAAGCAGCAGUCUCAAUCUUUGGCAGGAUGCGUGUCCUCAAAGCUACUGUGCGUCUUUGACUACAGCCGCGAAUAUGUGGAAGGCGGUGGUGUCCGGCUUCAGCAGCGGUCCUCUGCUGGACUUUGUCCAGGUGAACCAGAGGCUGUCUCCCAGCAACUUCGAGCUGGCCAUGAGCAACAUGUGCGCGCCGGCCAAUGAGCCCACUCUGAGCGGCACAGCCCAGCCGGUGCCUCAACUGGCGGCGCCGGAGCUGCCUUGGCGAUCGGCUGCCGCCCUGCCCUGGGAGCCAGUAGGCAGUGUGGGCAAGGUAGAGUUGGAGUUGGAGGUGAAGGAGCCGGACGAGGAGCCGACUCCCUUGGCCACGCCGGUGGCGAACUGGGACGAUGCCACGGCCCGCUGGCCGGGGCUUAGAAGAUGCCACACUGUGGAGGAUGACGAGAAAUCAGAAGAGGAGGCUGAGGAGGCGGACUCCGAGGCGGUGGAGGCUUCUAGCUUGAAACGCUUGGGCCCUGCCAAGCCAGAGGUGGCGGCCCCCAAAGUGAGGCCUCAUUGCAAGCGAGCUCCCAAGAUGCCCGAGACACAGGUCCCAGAGGACCUGGACCGGGAUCCCAAGCGCCAAAGGGACCACAGCAUGAACCGCCCAGAGGUGCGAAGCGGCUCGGAGGCGGAGAAGCGGGCUCGUUUGCGCCCCCAUAGCCUGAGUAGCAGCGGCGCUGAGCUGCCGCAGGUGAGGGAGACCUCCAGGUCCCGAGCGGGCCGGCACCGCACGGCCAUCGCCGCAGCACAGGCGCUGGCGGUGGAGGUGGAAAGCCCCAAGCGCGAGGAGGUCAAGGUCCGUGCGCGGCACCGCGCCGCCAUCCGGGAAGCCCGGGCCCUCUGGGCGGAGCCGCGGAAUGAGCUGCGGGAGGAGACUUGCAGACGGAGGGCAACUUCGGACCGGCCAAAAGGCGGCAAGGUAAGGACCCUGGCAGCGUAGAAAUCAGAUUUCUCAUGGUUCCUCAAUCUUUAGACUCUUUAGAUACAUGUUUCACAUCAGCUCGCUCCUGACCUAUCUUAAAGGAAGGCCAGAUGAGCGCACGAAAUUGGCAAGCAGCCACCGCGUUUUGUACAGCUCACGCGUUCUGAAUCAAAUUUGGGCCUGGGUGAAACCUGUGUGCUGAAUCCGCGCGGCAGAUGCCAGCCAGAGGUUGACCAUUGCUUGCAGCUUUUGCGAGGCUUGUGGUUCACGACAGGAGGCCCGAAUGUGGUCUCCCGCCAUUCAAGUGGUUCAAUGUGUUUUCUUCAUGACUUGGUUUCAAUCCCCCUGCAGAUACACAUGGA